UUCAAGCUUUUCACGGACAAUCAGGCUUUGACAUACCUUCUGAGCCUUACACAACCGAAGGGAAGAGUGGCAAGAUGGAUUAGCGAAAUUCAGCAGUUCACGUUUGAUGUUAGCCACAGACCUGGUGAAAAGCUACCUGACGCGGACGCGUUAUCAAGGUUGCACAUACCACCAAUAAACAACGACCAAGGGGCACACGUCGCAAGUGUAUGGGAAGAUACUGAAGAACUAAAAUUAAUCGACGGAAAGUUUGUUGUACCUCAAAGCUGCAUAUCCAAAAUAUUGCGGCUCUAUCAUGACAGUCCACACUCAGGGGGGCAUGAUGGCUUUUGGCGGACUUACUGGAAGAUUCAGAAACGUUUUACGUGGAAGAACAUGAAAGCCGAUGUAGAGAAUUAUGUCAAGACCUGUCAUCAAUGUCAGACUAUCAAAGCCAAGUUCCGCCCAAAAGGAAACCAAAUGGUCAUUCCUUUGUAUUCAGAUGUCCCCUUCGAAGUCGUCCAUCUCGAUUUCGCUGAAAUCAAAAAGAAAGGGGAGGGUGUGCGCCGGACUCAGUCUUUUAUAGUGGCUGUUGACCAGUGCACACGUAUGGCGGCGGCCAAGCCCGGAAAAGAAGAUGCAAACAGUGUGAUUGUGUCUGAUAAUGGACCUGCAUUCCGCAGCGAGAGGCUCCGUCGGUGGGCAGCAGAAAAGGGUAUCACUUUGAGAUUUUCAACACCAUAUCACCCGGAAGGAAAUGCUCUAGCAGAACGUCUCAUACGUGACUUGAAGACCUUCAUUUCUAUAUACGCAGAAUUUCGUGGAGGAUGGAAGUGUGCUCUUGAGGCAGCAGUUAGGCAUCACAAUCAAUCCCACACAGCUGGACUUGGCUGUAGCCCUCAGUUUGCUGCCUUUCAGAAGACAACGUGGUUACCAGCAGAUCACGAACUUGGCAUAGUAGGGAAGAUCCAUAUUCCAGAACGCAAGAAGACGUCAGAAGAAUACCAUAUGUAUAAACGUACCAUGAAGAAAUAUUACGACUCGCGCCACGCAACGCAUAUGCCCAACGUACAACCUGGAGACAUGGUGCUAGUACGAAAAGGUCUUGAUCGUUCGAAGACUGCUUUCACGGGCCCUUAUGUCGUCCUCAAAACGGUAAAGCAGCAAGGUAUACUCAAGUCUGUGCACUUUGAAGGACCAGCAGGCAAGACAGAAGUUACAACUGUAGGUAACCUAGUGCCUUACCAUCCGCGGAAGGAUGGCAAUAAGAGACCCGGAGAAUGUAACGUCCUGGUCAAAAGAAGAAGAGAAAGUGAAGAGAGAGAAGAAGAAGAAGAGGAUCGAAUGAAAUCAGUAAACAGUUGAUCAGUCUCGGAUCCUUUAU